UUCCAGUCACCAAAUUAUUCACUGAAAUUUACAUUGGCUGGGCAUGCAAAAGCAAUUUCCUCUGUCAAAUUUAGCCCUAGUGGAGAGUGGUUGGCAAGUUCAUCUGCUGACAAGCUGAUAAAAAUUUGGUGUGCUGCUGAUGGAAAAUUUGAGAAAACUAUUCCUGGACAUAAACUGGGUAUCUCUGAUGUUGCUUGGUCAACUGAUAGCCGUUUGCUAGUUAGUGCAUCUGAUGACAAAACUCUGAAGAUUUGGGAAGUAUCUUCUGGAAAGUGUGUGAAAACUUUGAAGGGACACAGUAAUUAUGUCUUUUGUACAAACUUUAAUCCUCAGUCAAAUUUGGUAGUUUCAGGAUCUUUUGAUGAAAGUGUUCGCAUUUGGGAUGUGAAAACUGGGAAAUGUUUGAAAACCCUUCCUGCACAUUCAGAUCCUGUUUCAGCUGUGCAUUUCAAUAGAGAUGGAUCUUUGAUUGUGUCAAGCAGUUAUGAUGGCUUAUGCAGAAUAUGGGACACAGCUUCUGGGCAGUGUUUAAAAACUUUGAUUGAUGAUGAUAACCCGCCUGUUUCAUUUGUGAAAUUUUCUCCUAAUGGAAAGUAUAUAUUGGCAGCAACACUGGACAACACUCUGAAACUAUGGGACUAUAGUAAAGGAAAAUGUUUGAAGACAUAUCAAGGGCAUAAAAAUGAGAAAUAUUGCAUCUUUGCUAACUUUUCUGUAACUGGUGGAAAAUGGAUUGUAUCUGGAUCAGAAGAUCACAUGGUUUAUAUAUGGAAUUUGCAGACUAAGGAAAUUGUUCAGAAACUUGAAGGCCAUACAGAUGUUGUUUUGUGCACAGCCUGCCAUCCAACUGAAAAUGUCAUAGCAUCAGCUGCAUUAGAAAAUGAUAAAACCAUAAAGAUCUGGAGAAGUGAUUCUUGAUUUAUUUUGGGAAUGCAAAAGUUUGGAGCCAUUGUUUUACUUUUAAUCAUUACAUAUGUUGUAAAAAUAUCAUUGUCAACCAAACUUUCUGAUCUACUUUUGUUACAUUAUUGCAUUUUUAAUAUUGUAUUUUUACUUUACCCUGGAAUCCAUUAAAUGUAUGUGUAUCA